AUGAGAGCAGCUAGCGCGGGAGAAGAGCUCUUCCCGAGACCCAGCGAGGCCCGGCCCGGGCCCGGCGGCUCUCUCGGGUCCGCAGGUGGGGCCCAGGCCUGGGUUGCCAUGGAUACCGUGUCCCUGGAGCAUCAGAUCCAGAGCGUGCAACGCCACAUCAGCUUCCUGAAAAAGGAGCAGAUGGCCCUGCUCCGAGACCUGCACCUGGAGAUCCUGAGGCUGCAGAAACGCUGCUCAGAGCUGACCCAUGACCUGGAGAUGAGAGAGGUCCAGUCUCACCAGCAAGAGGAGGCGUCCCGAGAGCUGGAGGACAAGUGCCGCGCGCUAGAGUCGCAGCUGGAGGCACGGGCGGCGGCCAACGCGGAGCUGCGGCGGGAGGUGGCGCAGCGGGAGGCGCUGGUGUCUGCGCUGCGCUGCAGCCUGCGCUCCGAGGAGCGCCGCUUUCUGGAGGAGCUGCGGCGCCGCAGCCACCGCGCCACGGUGCUGGGCACCGAGCUGCAGAAGCACACCGAGGCGGCCGCCUACCUCUCCUGCCAGCUGCACGCCGCGCGCCAGAGACUGCAGGCUCCCCGCUCCGGCGCCGCAGCCGCCGAGCCCCGGGCCCGCCGGCGUGCACAACGGGCCCGCCGCCCUCCCGAGGCGUCCGCCAAGGGUCCGGGCCGGGACUGGGCGACCUGGGAAGACGCUGAUCCCAUGCCGGACCCCGCGCUCUUUCUCUACCCACGGAGGCCGCCGCGGCCCAGCGCCCGUGGCCCUCGCCCUCUGCUACGCCAGGAGCUGCCGGACCAAGAUGCCCCGCAUCCCGUGCCACACCACGAGGCCCAGUACCAAGGCGGCCCGCAUCCGGGGCUCAGCAAGAGCCCAGCCGCCACGCCCAGCGCCCCAGGGGAUCCUGAGUAG